AUGGCGAUAAGAUGGUUUGACAGCUUCAAGCCAAACUCCAUAAAUUCUUUUAAGCAGCUAAUACAGGCUUUCGGUUCUCGCUUCAUAACGAGCAGCAGGGUUCCUCGGCCUUUAGACUCCCUCCUGUCGUUGUCCAUGCGAGAAGGAGAGACCCUGAAGGCCUACUCAGAUAGAUAUUGGGAAAUGUAUAAUGAGAUAGAGGGAAAUUACAAUGAUGUCGCCAUCAGCAUAUUCAAGAGAGGUCUGCCGACAGAGUACGGUUUAAGAAAGUCCUUAACUGGGAAAUCGGUCACCAGCAUGCGCCAACUCAUGGACCGAAUCAACAAGUACAAGAGAGUCGAAGAGGACCAACAGACUGGAAAGGGCAAAGCGAAGGUUGUCCCUCAGGAGAGGAAGGACUUUAGGUCGGACCGCUUUAACAACAAUAACCGGCCGAGAAGGGAUUACUCGGAGCAGUCUGGAUCCAUCAGAGCACAGGCAGUCCAUGCUGUGUUCCGAGAACCAUUACAUAAGAUCCUAGAGAAAGUAAAGAACGAACCGUUGUUUCAAUGGCCAAGUAGGAUGGCAGGCGACCCUGCAAAAGGUAACCAGAACCUAUAUUGCAAAUAUCACCAAGAACCGGGCCACACCACCUAUGACUGCAGGAAUCUGAAAAACCACUUGGACCGGCUGGUCCGAGAGGGAAAGUUGAGACACCUCUUACAUCAUCCUGUUGGACGGCAGGAGCAGACGAGCGUCGAGGCAAGGCAAAGCACAUUGAGACCACCCAUUGGCACGAUAAAUGUCAUUCUCACCGCUCCAGGAAGAACCGGUUCCCGUCCUUUCAGAGUGAUGUCAGUGGCCCGACUCCCCAUUAAAGCUGACAACCGGGAGUCUAAGAGGGCUAAAGGGAUGGCCUCACCCAUACUCGGAUUCUCGGAUGAGGAUAAAGAUGGAACCAUCCAGCCCCAAAACGAUGCUCUAGUCGUCACACUCAGGAUUGGGGAAUAUGACGUGAAGAGGGUGCUAGUCGAUCAGGGCAGUGCUGUGGAGGUAAUGUACCCCAACUUGUAUAAGGGGCUGAAGCUGCGACCAGAAGACCUGACAGCAUAUGACUCCCCUUUGGCGAGUUUCAAAGGGAAAACGAACACUUCAAAAAGCCAGAUUAGGCUGCCUGUACAGACAGGCUCGAACAUAGUAGAGGUGGACUUCAUAGUGGUGGACGCAUACUCACCCUACACCACCACUGUAGCCAGACCGUGGCUUCAUACCCUAAGAGCUGUAUCAUCAACCUUACACCAAAAGGUGAAGUACCUGUCGGAGGGUCGGGUCAAAGAAGUGAUAGGGGACCAAGUCGUGGCCUGGCAAUGCAUGGUGUUCGCCAUCUCGCAACGACCGAGUACUGAGCCCUCUACCUCUGUCGAGAAUGGCUUAUAG